AGCUGGCACUACAAGCAUCCAGCUCUGUGUAAUGUUAAAACAAACUGUUUGUGAAGAGUAAAACUACUCGCUAUUUAUUAUAAUGACUGAAAACGAAUAGUUUACAAGUACGGAAUAUGUGAUAUGCGAUUUUUGUCACAUAAAAUAUGUUAGUACAGUGACCCCAUUUCUAUAUUCACAGAGUGCAGCACUUAAUCUCCGGGUGUGGUGUUGUCUGAGUCACAAUAUAUGGAACGGUUUGUUACGUUGUGAUAAAAUUUUAAGUUCUCAGAAACACGAAAUGGCAUCUCGGAAGACAACCAGUCGCCGCACUACCACCAAGAAACGUGCGCAGCGUGCCACCUCCAAUGUGUUUGCAAUGUUUGAUCAGGCUCAGAUACAGGAAUUUAAGGAAGCUUUUAAUAUGAUAGAUCAGAACAGAGAUGGAUUUGUGGACAAGGAAGAUCUGCAUGAUAUGUUGGCAUCUCUGGGAAAGAACCCAACAGACGAAUAUUUGGAGGGGAUGAUGAACGAAGCGCCAGGCCCUAUCAACUUCACCAUGUUCCUUACGCUUUUUGGGGAGCGACUGCAAGGCACUGAUCCUGAGGAUGUCAUCAAAAAUGCUUUUGGUUGCUUUGACGAAGAAAAUAAAGGCGUGAUCAAUGAGGAGAGAUUGCGAGAGCUACUGACAUCCAUGGGUGACAGAUUCACUGAUGAGGAGGUGGAUGAAAUGUACAGGGAGGCACCAAUCAAGCACAGCAUGUUUGACUAUAUUGAGUUUACACGCAUCCUGAAGCACGGAGCGAAGGACAAGGAUGACCAGUGAUUGUUGUGUUAUGAAUUUGGCAUCUAGAGAAUGUCUCUUGUUUUUACCACAGUACAGCAAAUAACAACUUCUUAUGUCCUGUUUUCUCUUCUCUGCCACACUCCUGCUUUAAAAAUGUUCAUUCCAUCUGCAGAAUGGAUGUUCAGUACACAUUUUAUGGUCAACUUAUCUUUCUUUGUCAUGAGGGACCAUAACCCCAUAUUUCUUUCUAACAUUCAUAUAAGCAUUAGCAUAGGUUCCACUGAAAUUUCGGUAGCAAAUUGUUGCAAUUAUCAACCUAAAUAUUAUAAGUUGAGCAUGAAAUGUCUUUGAGAAAACAGUCCCUGUACACAUGCAACAUUUUAUGCCAGUGAAAGAAACUUGUUGAAAAUAUAAUCACAGUAAGUUGAGAAGUUCUGGAAAGAUGGCUACAUUUAUAUAUCAAGCACUGAACUUGACAGAAUAGCGGUGUUCGCUGUACGGUGCUAUUGCUUGAGGAAGUUACUUCUGCAUAGUUGGAGACCGCAGUACCAACUCAAGGACGCCUGCCCCUGUAUUCUGCUCCAGUUCGUAACUGUUGGCUAACAUUCAAAUCCAAAUAGCAAAUGUUGUACUGCUUAUCCAAGGAUCUUCUAAAUUAAGUGUAAAAUAAAAUAAUUUGAUCUUUGUAUCCAUUCCACAUAUGGUAUUUCUGUAUAGGAACAGGCCCUCAGGCCUUGAUAUAUAUGUAUGGAAUUUUGUAAAUGUUUUUUAUAAUGUCAUUUGUACAUGCAUUUCAUAAUUUCAUUGCAAUGUUUUCAUAUUGUGCUGCAGAAACCUUUUAAAUGUGUUACUAAUAAAGUCGUAUUUUGGUGAGUA